UAAUUAUAAAACUAUUCAUUUAUUUAUAUUUACAUCCAAUGAUGAGAUAAGCAACUCAUGUGCUUUCGAUAGGGAGAGAGAGUGAGAGCGAAGAGAAACCGAGUUUUAUAUAUAAUAAUCUAAUAGUCGUUAUAAAUAUUGAUAUCUAAUUAUUUGACGCAAUUUUUUGGUCUCCAAAUCCUUGAAUGAUUAGUCUAUAAAUACUUUGGGAAAACACUCUUUCACUGGAAAAAUAGUCAAACCAUUGAAACAAUUCAUUUCAUUUCAUUUUGAAACGAGUGGUGAUUUUGUGGGUAUUUUGUGAUAAUGAAACUGUUGCUGAUUUCCAGUUCGGUUGCGUUGAUAUUAUUUAUAAACCAAUUUUACUCAUCCAAUGUGCGCGGCCCGGGAUUAUGGGAACGGCGCCACUGUUUGCGUUUGCAAUCAAAGCUAUUGCGAUGACUUGAGGCCAAUCGCCAGAACUGGCGCCGGAAUCGUCACCCUUUACGAGACGUCUAAAAGUGGCGAUCGAUUCGCUGAGUCGGAGCUCACGUUUCAGACAUCGGUGGCCAACAGCACCAAAACGGUGUCCAUUGAACUCAACCCAAAUGUAUUGUACCAAAAGAUUAUUGGCUUUGGCGGCGCCUUCACAGACAGCGCCGGACUUAAUAUACAGACUCUGUCGCCGGAAAUGCAACGCCGAGUGAUCGGCGAUUACUUCUCCUCCAAAGGCAUUGAAUACAGUUUGGGUCGCAUUCCUAUCGGUGGCAGUGAUUUCUCGACCCAUCCCUACACUUACGACGACGUGAACGGAGACUUCACUUUAGAUCACUUCGCACUCACUGUCGAAGAUCUCGACUUCAAAAUUCCGUACAUUAAAAUGGCUCAAGAAAUGAGUGCAAAUGAAAUCAAAUUAUACGGCAGUCCCUGGAGUUCCCCGGCGUGGAUGAAGACCAACAAAAAGCUAAACAAUGGGGGCUUUCUUAUAGGAGAGCCCGGAAACAAAUACUAUCAGACAUUUGCUAAUUAUUUUGUUAAAUUUCUGGACGCCUAUAGCAAACGGAAUAUAACUCUAUGGGGAAUAACGAUAGAGAAUGAGCCGAACGCCGGCUAUAAUAGCAAAUACUUGUGGAAUAGUUUGGGAUUCAGUCCAGAAUUACAGCGAGAUUUUAUAAAACAAGAUUUGGGACCAAUUCUGGCCGACGCCGGGUAUGGUGUGGACAAACUCAAAGUGAUCAUCAAUGAUGACCAGCGGCCGACUGUCAGCCAAUGGGCGCGAGUGAUACUAUCGGACCCGAAAGCGGCCCAAUACGUGGCCGGCAGUGCCUUUCAUUGGUACGAAAGCACACCGGAAAAUAUCGAUCAAUUAGAUAUGGCUCACAACGAGUUUCCCGACUAUUUUCUCUUGGCUUCCGAGGCCUGCGAAGAGUGGAAGGGACGGGAGGUUAAGGUCUCUCUGGGAGAUUGGCAUACAUUUGACAGAUACGCUCACGACAUAAUCACUGAUCUCAAUCAUUGGACGGCCGGUUGGACGGACUGGAAUCUGGCCCUCGACCUACAGGGCGGUCCCAAUUGGGUCGGAAACUUUGUGGACGCGCCCAUCAUUAUAAACAAGACAAGCAAUGAGUACUACAAACAGCCAUUUUUCUACGCCCUUGGUCAUUUCAGCAAAUUCUUGUCACCCGAUUCUGUGCGCAUUGGAGUGAAGCAAUACAAUAGUGUGGAGGGUCUGGAGGUGACCGGCUUUCGUCGCGCCGACAACUCCACAGUCCUUAUAGUCUACAAUAGAAACGAUGAACCGAUAGACCUGUCUGUGAAUGACAUCAAUUGCGGGUCAUUUAAAAGUCAUAUAAAAGCAAAUUCAUUGCAAUCCUAUAUA